ACAAAGAAGUGUACUGAAUCUUUUGGACUACACAGAUUGAUGUAGUAUUGAUUGUGAUGCUGAUCUUAGUUGUCUCAUUCUGUAUUUUUGUGCUUUGUCUUUUGUUACACAGAGUGAAAGAGAUCUUUGGUUUUGCCUUUGCUGACUGCUGAUCUGAUCGUCUCAAGUCUGGUGACCUGCUGCAGAAAACCCUCUCCCUCUAUCAUUAACAAGCAAUUCAGUCUGUCCUAUCACUCUCCCUCUCCCUGCUCCAUCUUUUUUGACAAGCCAUUCUAUCUUCUAUCAUUUCUCCGCCAUGAGCUCUAUCUAAGUUGACAAGCUUGAACCUGAGUUGAAACGCAAUCCUGUGACUUGAAAUCAAGUUUUACCAGAAUCUAAGUUUUUGGAAUUGAAGUUACCAGAACUUCGUCAAUCUGUUUUCAGAAUUCUGAGAGAUCUCCGCUCUCACUGCUCCAGCUUUCCUGUCGUUAAACUCUCUCACAUCCAGUCAUUUUGCUGGAAAUUACAAGUAAAAAGUUGAAUAUACAGUAAUAGAAUUACAGUACAGUAGAACUCACUGUAGAAACUACUUACAGAGCCCUACAUUUGUCAUUUUAAUUUUUACAUUACACUUUGGAAUAAACACUGAUAGCUUGGCUUACGUGUGCAGUUACUUUGAUAAAUUAUAUAAAAUACACACCUUUUUCAAGGUUUAUUUGUAAUAAGAUAAUCUGGUUAUUUUGUAAUACAUACAUUCAGACUUAUAUUCACAUAAAUAAUAAAUUGGAUCCAAAUAUAUUUUUCAAGUCUGUUUCAUUGGCUAUAACAUUUGACUACAAGUUUAUACUAUUAUUAUUUAAGGACAAACCCUUUUUUGUCACUCAGUGUAAGUAUUCAGUUACAGUUGUCAUCUAGAGGCUGCCCUGAGAACCCAGACUUCCUGUUUCCUGACUGCUGCAGAACGUCCAGCUGAAGAAUCCCCAUAGCCUGUCAUCUGAUCACCACACCAUCACAGCUCCUUAUAUUUGCUUUAAAUUUUAAAUAUCUGAAAGAUUUACACAAAGUCUACUUAAAAGCUAAGAGUUUAAUUAUAGCCUGUUGAUUGUUGAGAUUUAUUCUGCAUAUUACUUUACAGGAGUAUAGACCAAUUUGUUAUCCAGUCUGGUUAAAAAAAAUAGAAGUAAUAAUAUACAGUUUUUGAAAAAGGUACAAUAAAACAGACCAAAGUGUUUUCAAAGAACUUUAAAUAAGUUAAACUAAAUAUUGAGUUUGUAUUUAAGUGAGCCUUUUACAUCAAUUCUGAUAAAGCUCUGAUUUAAGAGAAAGUUGAGGAAUCAGUUUUUCAGUGUUUACAGGUUGAGUUUUGUUUACAUUUGUGUAUAAAUACAUAUAAGGUCCAGUUUGUACUUGCACAAAAUGCCAAGAAAAAGUCAAAGGUCACAGUCCCAGAAGCUUAGAUGGCAAAAGCAGAAAGAACAGGUAAAUGUUUCUCAGAGCGGUGAGCAGGUAAAGGUGUCUGUUACAAGUAUUCCCAGUCCAGAAGUGCAGAGCAGUGCUCAGACAGCUGCAGUGUCCUAUGCAGAUGUGGUAAAGAGAGGUGUUCCCUCAGCAUGUGUGCCAGAUGCUAAAGUACAGCAGGUAAUCCAGACUGAACCCCAGGUAACUGUGCAAACGCAGCAUGAUGGAGAAGCUCCAGGACCGUCUCAUGUACAGGUUACAAACAAUGAAAGUCGUCCACGAGUGAGUAGCAUCUGUGCGUCCCGAAGCCAGGCCGCUGCUAAGUAUGGAAAGUACAGGAAUCAGCAAUGCAUGGCUAACAGUUUGGUUUUCCUGUCAUUCUUACACGAGGAUGAAUUCAUUACCAGAGCAGAUCUUAACCGUGUGUUGGACAAAGGCCAUGCCGUGUAUUCAGAUGCCAGAAAGAGGUUUGUGAACAGCGUGUUUCUCGCCUGUGAUGAGCUUCCCACAGUGGUCACCAGCCGCAGACACGAGUAUCAAGUGGACAUGUCUCAGUUUGCUCAUUAUGGCACAUUUGAUGGUACAGGUCAUCUUCCGAGCCUUGAACAGGGACUACAGUGUUUGGCUUCAGCGGUUCGCUAUGCUUUGCUAGUCAUGGGAGGAACGGUGAUCGCAGUUUGCAGGCUGACUUCAGGUGAAUACGCAUACUUUGACCCUCACCCACGUAAGUCUACAGGAAUGCCAUUGUCGCUAGCUGUAAGUGGUGGAACUGCAGUUAUGUUAAAAUUCACACGUCUUAACGACAUGAUUGACAGGAUCAAACGCUUGUACCGAAUGUUUAGCAUCGCACCAUCCUGCACUUAUGAGCUACAGCCUGUCGAGUUUCACAGUGAAAACGCUGCUUACCAAAGAGAUGCUGAUGAAAACAGACAAACAGCUACAAGUGUUCCAACACCAGUUUUAAAUGAACCUGAAUUUGAAACCCCAAAAUCCACUGAGCAGACACAGAAAACUGUGACCGACACUUUAGCCACUGAAGUGAUGUCAUCCAGAGUGGAUUAUUCAAAUGAGCCAGCUGCUGAGCUGAACAAUUGUCCUUCUGAUUAUUUAGAAAUAGAAACCUCUGCAUCUUCUGUAAGAGACACUCAGGUAACAAAAGAAUCUGUUCCUCAGAAUGAUUUAAACACUGCCUCCUGUUUGACUGAGACAACAGAGGAACUCUCACAUAAACUGUUGAAGCAUAAUAAACAGCAAAGGAGAAAGAUUAGGAGACGAUUAUUGGUCCAAGAAAAUCUUCCACAGAGAAAGGAAAAUCAGAAAAAGAAAGAAAGACAGAUGUACACUUUUGAUGAAAGCUUUAAGGCAAAGAAAAAAGAUUCUAGUAGAAAGUCUCAUGAUUCUGAUCACAGUAAGAAAAAGAGUGUGUACAAAAAUAAUCUGUAUAAACUCAAUGCUACAUAUAGAGAGAAACAGAGAGAACAUUUUAGAAAAAUCUAUAGAGAUAGUGCUAAAAUUAGAGAGAGAAAAGAGAACGUGUCAUAAGGAUGUAUAAAGAAGAUUCGUUAUUCCGAGAAAAGCAGAAGGAGCGUAUAACAAGAACAUAUAGAGAAUCUCCCAUUUUCCGAGAAAAGCAGAAGGAACGUAUAACAAGAACAUAUAGAGAAUCUCCCAUUUUCCGAGAA